AUCUGCUGACCAUUAUUCUUCGAAGUAAUGACUCCAACUCAAUUUAGUAUGACGGAGAGAGGAGAGAGAGAGAGAGAGAGAGAGAGAGGGGUAAAGAACAAAAUGAUAGAAAGAGGGGAUGAGGGAGAGAAGGGAGUGUGUGUGUGUGAGAGAGAGAGAGAGAGAGAGGUGGAAAUGGCAUAAAGAAAGGGGGUGGGGAGGGGAGGGGGUGAGGGAAAGGGCUUGGCUGUGCUCGGGGUGAACGGGAGGUCAGUGCGUCUCACCAAUAUUAAAAUGUGUACCGGGGACGCGGGGUGACACGCCUCGCCCGUUAAACAAAGAGUGUGCCAAACUGGCAGAUUAAUUUGAAAACUUGAGUCCAUGCACACACACACAACACUUAAUGCCUUAAAGAGCCCACAGUCUCCACAGCAGCCCUGCUCGGUCUUCCUCAGCCCCAAACCGCUCGAUGUAGCCUAACACCGGGAAACACGGGGAACGGCCACCGGUGAGGGGUUUUUUUUCCUCCUCCAUCAUUUCUCGCCGAUUUGGUCGGGUUUUCACGCACGGAGUGCUCGAUGCUGGUGUGGCAACGUUACGCUGCGGUGUUGCCUUUGUUUUCGCUGGAUUAUCACCGAUAAAUUGGGUCUACCUAUGCAGCGUGUUCCCGUUCCUUUUAACCCGGAAUCUGAGCUAUACUGUUCGGAUACAGUCAUGUUUACGCUUUAUAGGAGACCGGAGGGCUCGCGUCUCUGCGCGUGUGCAUGCCUGCAUGUGAGCGGGAGUGUCCGCGGAAAUGACAACGACUUUUUUUUUAAAAGAUACCACGAAGAAUCCCGAAGAGGUCAAAAAAACCUGUGGCGUCGAAAGAAGAGAGAGGGAGAGGGGGGACUGAGGUGUGAAUGCUGAAGUAGGAAUACUUCUUUUUAUGUAGAGAAAAAAGGAAAAAGAGAGGAACCCAGCUGCCGCUUUUUGGAGAUGUAAGAGGAAGAGCAAGAAAAAGAAAAUGUAACAAUAAUAACAACAGUAAAAAAAAAAAAAAUGUGGGAAUCAAUGUGACGACGUUUCCAGAGAGGAAAGGCUGGUCCGCGAGCUACAGAGGACCACACACAAGACCCCUUCUGCCAGGAGAUACAGAGGGCAAGGAACAGAGAGACAGACAGAGGAGAAGAGAAAGAAGACGUCUUGGAAGACACCCCCCCCCCCCCUUCCUCCCUCACUCACACGCACGCACAAACACAUACACACACACAUGCGCGCGCACACACACAUCCUCCUUACACACACAUAAACACUCAUAGGCCACAUACACCUCCCCUUCCCACACAUCAGCAAGCUAUUUUUUACACCCCACAAGUAUCCUACCAUAAGAAAAAAACUUCUUUCUCUUUCAUUGGAAAGAAGAAAAUCCCUCCAAAGAAAGUCCAACAGACCAGUCAGAGAGCUCUCACGGCGCAAAAGAAGAUGGCCCAGAGGUCGCUCAAAGUACUGGCGUCUAAGUUCUUAGGAGCUUUCUGGAAGCCGUUUUCUUCCAUCAAAACAUUGGGAAAUAAGAGGAAAUCUUUCGGUCAGAUUGCAGGGGACCGUUGGAGAGACACCGUCACGUGACCCCCGGUACCAAAUGGUCUUCCGGCAGUGGUUUUCAACAAGGACCGGAGCACAAGCAGACGCCGCCACUUCUCCCAGAAAUGCAGAAGACAACAUACUACGACAACUCCUCGACGCUUUUCGGUGGCUACUCGUCCUACCAGGUGCAGGGGGCGGCAGCGGCAGCAGCAGCAGCCGCCAACGGCUUUGGGGGCUACGAUGCCCCGGUCCCAGUGUCCCACCACCAGCCGGCCUUCCAGUCGGCGACCCAUCUGGAUGUGGAUUCGUACCAGCGCUCUGCCUGCUCUUUACAGUCACUGGGCAGUAACAGUGGUCACCAGCAGCAGCUAGCCAAGACCAAGGAGCUGAAUGGCAGCUGCAUGCGGCCCAGUCUGCCACCUGAGCACCACCCCGGCUCCCAGGUGUCCCCCCCACUGCCCCCCAACCCCAGCAACGGUAAUACUGGGGCUCAGCAGCCGGGGGGCAGUAAUGGGGCCUCCUCAGCGUCUAAACCAGCCCCCAAUAAGUCGUCUAAUUCCUCCUCCUCCACAUCGUCCUCCUCCUCCUCACUGCCUCCCAACCCGACCCUGGCCAAGCAGAUCUUUCCCUGGAUGAAAGAGUGUCGUCAGACAACCAAGCAGAAAAACUGUUCACCCAGCAACAACUCUGGCAACGCAUCAGGAGGAGCUGAGAGUGGUAGCAGUGGGGAGAAGAGUCCUACCAGUGGGUCAUCAGCAUCAUCUAAGCGGGCUCGUACGGCGUACACCAGCGCCCAGCUGGUUGAGCUAGAGAAGGAGUUCCACUUCAACCGGUACCUGUGCCGGCCACGGCGCGUGGAGAUGGCUAAUCUGCUCAACCUGUCUGAACGCCAGAUCAAGAUCUGGUUCCAGAACCGACGUAUGAAGUACAAGAAGGACCAAAAGUCCAAGGGCCUGAGCUCCAGCUCUGGAGGGCCCUCGCCAACUGGCUCCCCACCCCUGCCAAUGCAGUCUUCCGCCAGCUUCCUCAACUCAAUACACCCCAUGGGAGGGGGAGGCGGGGGAGGGGGAGCAGGCUAUGAUGCCCCAUCGCCGCCAUCUUUUGGCAAGCCUCACCAGGGAGUGUCUUACUCCAUGUCCACUGCCUACUCCAAUGUCACCAUGAAGGGCUGCCCCUCCCAGCAGAAGUACGGCGCCCCAGACCCAGACUAUGGUGACCCCCAUCCCCACCACACCCUUGUGCAGCCCAACAGUGCCGGCUACGGGACUCCCACCAACAUGCAGGCCAGUCCAGUCUACGUGGGGGGUGGCAGUUAUGUGGAACCCAUGCCUGGAUCUGGGCCCUCUAUUUAUGGGCUAAACCACCUUGGCCCCACACCACCCCACCACCAAACAAUGGACUACAAUGGCGCAGGGCCCAUGUCCGCCGCCAACCAGCACCACGUGGGUGGGGGAGGCCCCCCAGGUACCUGUGACCCUCCCACACACCCGACGUACACUGAGCUGUCAGCGCACCACACCUCGACUCAGGGCAGAAUCCAGGAAGCACCCAAGCUCACUCACCUGUAGCAGGUUUGGAACAAAAUGACAACGUAGGAAAUAGUGAAGACAAAACAGAACAAGUAACAUGACGUGACUCACUAACAGACUAACUAACAUGUGGGGACUCUACCGCUGCAAUGUGACUACAGGAGAGACAAGACAAGACAGACAGGAGCCAUCCAGUGGUUUGACCUGUGCUCUACAGCCAGAAAGGGGAACAAUCAGUUUGGUGUUGGCCAGCCCCACCCUGUUUCCACUGCCUUCAGAGCCCAUCAAGCCUGACUGGGGCCAAAACUUUCACUGGUACCUUAAAAGUGCAGUUAAUUUCACUUCCUUUCAACAAAACACAAGUUGUGUCCAUAAACUAGUAGCAGUAAUGCUCCCAAACCAUAAAUCAUUCACAUUGCCAAAAAAUGCUACAAUGGAUAUACUUCAGUGUAAAAGAAGUUAAAUCAGUGGUAGUUGCCAAAAUUUUCAAAGAUUUUUUUUAGGCUAGGACCAAACUCAUGAACUUACUUUCUACUGCUUUAACCUUCCACCCUCAUACAGAAAAUGAGGGAACAAAAACUUUAAACUAUUUAAACAUUUUAACAGUGCAUCAGAAAAACAGGCUGCUUUUAAACACACGCUCAAAACUGACUGAUUAACUGAGUACAUUACCAGUUAUUUUUCAUUUCAGAGGGCUUGAUUCAUUUUACCAGUUUUUAUUUCAAUUUUCUAUGAAUCCUUUUAUGGAAAUUUACACUUUACUCUGAGUGAGCACCAUUGUUUAGUCACUAUUUAUUAGUCUAAUAAUCUACUGUACAGUAAAUCUAAAAACUGCAAUAUGAACUACUGUAUUCAAACAAAACCGCUGUUAAGAAAUUAUGUCAGUUUUUCAUUAAAAUAUUUCUCAGAAAAAACAUCUAAAAUGAAAGAAAAAUCUCUCUGUAUAAUGUUUUAUAUUUAAAUUACUCAGCAAAAUCUACUAGACACAAAGUUUUCAAAUGCAUUACUGGACUUUUCCAAACAAUUUUUGCUUGGAUGGAGCAAAUUGCAGUGGUAGCUUUGCUAGCUUGUAGUAAAAAAAAAAAAAAGCCUAUAAUGGCUCUGUUAGAGCUAGUAUGUGGUUUAAAAUUGUACUUUGAUAAUAAAAUCUCCCCCCUAAGACACACACAUACAGAAACAGCUCUCCCGCCUGGUAAAUGAAAUAGUUGAGAUUUUAAUGGGCAGUUAACGAGGUGGUUAGAUUUAUGACGCUGAGCUCUCUCCCCCUCCAGGCAACACAUGUUGUUGUCAGCCGAGCUGAGCUAUGUGGAGGGCUCUGCCUCUCCAUCAGUCGGCGAGGAAGAACAGAAAUAUAUGGCUGGAGCUGGCAGCACUCGUCUUCCUCUGUUCCCCCUAUUUCACGAUGCACAUAAUAACCACUGGAUGGUCCUCCUUUCACUGUCUCUUUUUGUCUCCUGUCGUACCUGUCUCUGUCUGUCCAGACUGAAUCACAAGUAACCCACUGUCUCUGUGGCAGCAGCACAUGGCUUCUGAAGGAGGCAAAAUUUUCCACAAUCUCACACUGACUGCUCCCUGACACACAUCCAUCAUCGCACACGCACUCCCAUCACUCAAACAAGGUUUAUGAAGCUAUGAGCUCAAAGGCUGAACUAGCUCCCAUAGACACACAUGUGUGCUAAGCUACAUAAGCUAAUCACACCUUCAUAAAUACACACACAGCAUUGCUAAGCUAGCUUCCUUUCGUUGACACACAUCCACAGCCAGGAUGCCAGCUGUUGACAUCUUCAAACAAACACAUGAGAGGACAUGGAGAGAAAUUUUAAUGCUCUUAUUUUAGCACAUCUUCGACACAGGGUAAAUAAUAAGAGUGGAGAACACUAUUUAUUUAUGUUUUGGUAAGUCACCCCCCCCCCCCCCACUCUCCCCUUUCUCUUUCUCUUUCCCUCUCUCUUUCUCUCUCUCUUUCUGUCUCUCUCUCUCCCUCUCACUUUGGAAGGGUUCACUUACAUUAGCACCAUGCCAACGUGUAAAAGUCCACUUUUUAUAUUGUUUUGUUUUGUUCUCACAUAUCUUGACUUUUAACGUGGAUACAGGGUAUAUAUUUGAACAAAAAUGCAUGUCCCAGAAAUCUGAGCUGGUGUGUAUCACACAUUUUAAAAAAACUGGUUUAUUGGUUCAAACAGUCAGUAAGAGCAGUUUGAGACAGCACACACUACAACCCCUCCGACUGUUUCACCCAGUGUUAAAAACUGAAAACUAACUGUGGGGUGCUGACUCUCACUGCACUUCUGAUGUUCUGGAAAUAAACCAGUGGUUUUUAAAAUGCAGAUUUACACAAAUGCUUUUCACAUCUGGGCAUCAUUGUUGCACUUAGAGUUUACAUUUUGAUGGUUAAAGGUAAAAAAUAAUAAUAAUAAAAUCUUAUUUUGAAGACGAAAGGCCCUCCAAUCAAAGCGUCUUUCGCCAAUGUGUGUUCAAGUGAACAUUCAUAUCUAAAUAUUUAUUUGUUAUAGCCAGUUUAAAAAGACUUUCUGUUUUGUAUUAUUAUUUAUCCUUCAUGUAUUUAUAUCAAGAAAAAAUACUGUACUUUUUUAGUAUUUACCUGUUAUGAAACAAAAAAAAAAACGUUGUAUUUCUUCUUGUCCAUUGUACUGAAGUUACAUUUUUUAGUUCUUGUAUUUUAGAGGAAAAUAAGUAGUUUUUAUGUUCCUAUAAUGGCCCUUGUACAUAAAUGUCUUGGCUUGUACAAGGAAAAAGGCAAGGAUGGGGAUUGGUGACCCACCCUUGCAUAGUCUGAGAAGUUAGACAAACUAUUAGCUGGAAAAAAGAAUGAGUCUUUUUGGAGAAAAACAACUUCUUUCUUUGUCAUUUGUAGAUCCCUUUUCUUUCAUUGUUGAGAGAGUUGUCUGUCGAACAAUUCUUUAAUAAAAGGUUAUGUUAUUCAGA